CCUUACUUUUCUCCUCGGUGAAAACCCUCUCUCUCUCUCUCUCUCUCUCUCUCUCUCUCUCUUCCUUAAUCUUAUUCCUCAAAAAAGUAUAGAUGAUGGAGUAGCACUUCGAGGAAGAAACCCUAAUCGAGGAAAUGGAAGAAGAAGCUCAAACUGAUUCAGAAGUACCACUGGAGAAAGAUACUGAAACUGUUUCCAAAGAAGAUGUGCAUGCCGAGAGCAGUACGGCUGAGCUUAAUGGAGAUCAGAAGCCCAUAGAUGAGCGAGUCCCACAUGUAGGAAUGGUCUUCAAAACCUUCGAAGAGGUCUACGACUUCUACAACCAGUAUGCUCGCCGUACAGGGUUUGGUACAAAAAUACGUCGGUCUUGGUACAGCCACGAAGAUGGGCAAUGCAAUAAAGUCACCUUCACUUGCUGUAAGGAGGGUAAGAGAGUAUACAAGAAUUCAGAGCGAUGCAGCUCUUAUAGAUUAAGGCUUUCAGCCCGGACCGAUUGCCAAGCAAAGAUUAAGGUGCAAAAGUAUGCUGACGGUUUGUUUCAUUUGACCGAAGUUGUUCUCGAUCACAACCACCCCGUAAAUCCGGCAAUGUCAAAGUACUUCCGCUCCCAUAAGGAUGUAAAUGAUGGAGCGAAGAGGCAACCUGUUAUUCGUGCAAAAGGACAAAGAGAGGUCGGGUUUGGUGAGAAAGAGAACGAGAAUGAGAUUUCUUUGGGGGUGAAAUCGUCUUUUCUCGGUUGUGAGGAUAUCGAAGCUCUUCAGCAGUUUCUGGUUCGGAUGCAAAGCAUGAACACUAACUUCUUUCAUCUUAUGGAUUUCGAUUCCGAGGGUCGGAUUAAGAGUGUGUUUUGGGCUGAUGGGAAAUCAAAGGCGGAUUAUCCGUACUUUAAUGACGUGAUUACAUUAGAUACAACUUAUUUGAUGGGUAAUUAUGAGACUCCUUUGGUGUCAUUUGUUGGAGUAAACCAUCACGGUCACUUAGUCUUGCUAGGUUGUGCGCUAGUUUCGGCUAGAAACGUGGCGACCUAUAAGUGGUUAUUUAAGACUUGGCUAUUGUGCAUGGGAGAAAAUCCUCCUAAUUCUGUUAUUACGGACCAUUGUAAGGCUAUACAAGAGGCAGUUGAAGAGAUCUUUCCAGACGCUCGCCACCGCCUAUGCCUAUGGUGUGUAAUGAAAAAUAUACAAGAGUUUUUGGGAGGGCAUCCUGAAUACAAGGCAAUAAAAGGAAUGAUGAAGAAAGCAGCGUAUGACUCGUUACAUGUUAAUGAAUUUGAAGAGAUAUGGAGAAACAUGAUUGAGAACUAUGGACUUCAGGAAAAUGAAUGGCUGAACUCUCUCUACGAAAAUAAAGAUAGAUGGGUGCCGGCUUUUGUGAAAGACUUAUUUUGGGCGGGCAUGUCUACCACUCAACAUAGGGAGAGUAUGAAUUCCUUUUUUGAUGGUUAUCUUUUCCCUAAGACAUCUAUAAAGCAAUUUCUUUGCAAGUAUGAGACAGCUUUGCAAAACAAGUACGAAAAGGACGUCCAAGCAGAUCUUGACUCGUUCCACAAGACUCCACCACAAUUAAUAUCAAAAUUUUACAUGGAAGACCAAUUACGCAAGGUUUAUACAGUUGAUAUGUUUAAAAGGUUUCAAGAAGAAGUAAAGGCUAUAUUGUACUGCAUCCCUUCGCUGUUAUGUGUAGAUGGGUCGACCUCUACGUUUGAAGUUAAAGAACCCAUACAAAUGAAAGAUGGUAGCGUUAUCGAGAACAAGAAAUAUGAAGUUAUAUACAAUAAUACAAGUGAAAUUGGUGUACAGUGUGUAUGUUGUUCUUUCCAAAUGAGGGGAAUUUUAUGUAGACAUGCAUUAUCGGUGCUUAAUUUUGUAGAGGUGUAUGAAAUUCCGCCUCAAUACAUUCUUGAACGUUGGCGUAAGGACUAUAAACACAUCAGAGUAUUGCCUUCUUCUAAUGAUGGGGUAGCUAAUGGUCCUUUGGAGCGCUAUGAUGAUAUAUAUAAGAAUUGCCUUAAACUUGCUCAGCUUGGGGCGAUAUCCGACGACAGCUAUGAUGUUGCAAUGAAAGUAUUGAGCGAGGCAAUGGAGGAGCUUAUUUCGAGUGGUUACGCAACUAAUGAUACACAACCGAGGACCUAUUUUAUUAAUGGCAAUAGAAAUCUACGAGAUGAAAAUGAUGAUAUACUUGGCCAGCUGCAAGGGAGGCGUAAAAGUCAACCAUUUAAAAAGAGGAAGGAAUCCUUGGCAGAAAAGAUCGUUAAAACAAGCAAGAAAAAGAUUUCUCAAAGGAAAUCAACUGCUACUACUCAAAGUGACAUGCUUAGGAUUGCCCCAAGUACACCACAAUUUGACACUCAUUUCUGGCCUCAAGAAAGCCUCAGCCUCACGGAACCAGUUAAUCCCACUAACUUGUCGAUUGGCGGCCAAUUUGGAAUGACAAUGAACCACCAUCAUGCACUUGAGAAUCAAUCAGGAAUUCGCUGGAGCUUUCCACAAAUGUUCCAGCAAGCUCCAGAGGGUCCUGCAGGCCCAUGGGCUGGAUAAAAUGGGCGUCAGAUUAGCGAAUGCGACCCAAGAUAUCUUUAGGUUCAGUUAUGACCACUGCGCAAGACAACUGCAUCUUUUUUUAGCAGUUGGAUUACUGAUAGCACAAGAAAAAUUUGUUUGGGAUAUCAGCAUGUUCGUCAGACUAUUGACACCGAUUGUAUUUAUGCCAUUCUCCUUUAAAGUGGCAAUGUGAAAUCAUUUUGUAAAAAUGUUGUACAGUUCAUUAAGUUUUCGUUGAAAGAACCUCAUAGAAUAUCCAUGUGGUCUCUGCAAAGCUUUUUCAUGCAUUCAGUUACUCCGCUAUUUGGGCUGAUUCUUUAA